AUGACCCAGUUCCGGACGAGGCAGGGGAACUUGAUGUUGUUCACGCCUCAGCCCAUGGACAGCUGGAUUGGGAAAGAGGUCCUUGAAGACCAGCGUGCGGGGGGAUACAAGGAUGCCGCCACAGGGAAACUACUUACCCAGAAGCAAGCCAAGUCGUACGCGGCCUUCUGCACAAGGCACACUCGACGCUGCCACGUGGGGGACAAGGUGGAUAAGUACCUCCGUUUGGUAGACAAAUACCAGCCAAGGGUGUUUGCGGAAGCACGCAUCUACGUGGCACGGUUUCCAGAACAAGUGGGGGACUUGCUCAAGCAGAUCAAGAAAGUCCGCAAGCGGAUCCGCAAGAAGCGGGGGAGAGCAAGACAGCCGAAGCUAAAAACUCCCAGCAGCUCGGGGGAAGCUGCCCCACCAGAGGGACCAACGCCAGCGCCAAGUCCCGAGCAUGCGACAAAAGGGGGCGAUGCAGACGCAGCCAGUGAGAGAAGGGAGACCGUGGACGCUGAUAUGCCACCUGACUGGGGGGAUAGCUCCGGUGAUGAUGCUGCACCGUCAUAUGACUGGGUUUGGGGAGAAGCCGGCCGCCCCUCUGACCGGGGGGACAGCCCGAGCCACCUUGCACUUCGACCGAGUGAACCAGGUGGUAGACCGCCACCACAGGCCCAGCAACUGGACAGCCACACUACAGAAGGGGGGAAUGUCCGCUUGGUUCCCGACGUACAGUGGCGGGGAGUGCAGCUGAUACAGGAGCACAUGGCAAAAGCUCGUGCGGAACGUGAUGCCUUUUGA